CUCUCUUUCUCACUCUGUGUGUUGAAGCAUUUCACCAAGAGAGGAGCAGACUUCACCCCUGCACGGACAUCUCUGCCUCUGAUCGACCACCAUGGCCGUACGGGACGCUGCCUCUCUGCUGCCGCCGCUGCUGCUGCUGGCUCUCCUUCACACCUGGGGAGCUAGGGCCGCUGUGGAGGUAACAAUGGAGGAGGAAGUACAGGUUUUUCACGGAGACACGGCUCGGAUCCCCUGCACGGUCACGUCGGACGACGGCAGCGGCGGCAUGAUCGUCCAGUGGUUCUACGUAAUAUCCUCAGGAAAAAGCCACCUAAUCUACAACCAGGACAGCAUGGAGAAGAGGGUAGUGAAAAACACUCCGUACACCGAUCGGAUCGCAGUGGAGAACAACGGAACCGCCGGUGGGGUUCUGACCAUCAGUGAUGUGCAGCUGCACGACGAGGUGGAGUUCGUCUGUCACGUCCGGAGCCUCACUGACGGGACCGGGGAAGGACGCACAAGGCUGAGAGUGUUUAAAACACCAGAUUUUCCCACGAUUGAACGUGCGGAAAAAGGAAUAUCAGUUGAUGAUGAACCUUCAAAGGUCGGCACUUGCGAGGUGAAAAAUGGAUACCCUAAGCCGACCAUUACCUGGUACAGAAACAACAUGCCGCUGCGCAGUAUUACUGAUGUCGUGAACCUCAUUAACAGUGCCACUACCGGAUCAAGCGAUUUAUUCUCGGUCAAGAGCGAACUGUUUUUGAAGGUGAAGAAGGAGGACAAAGAUGCUACUUUCUACUGUGAGGUCAAAUACUUGGUUCCUGGAGCUGAGAAGAUGACUGAAACCAACGGCAUCAAUAUCACCGUCUUCUAUCCUGCCACUGAAGUAAAUAUGUGGGUUGAAUCCCCAAAGCGUCUAAUCGUGGAGGGUGAUAGUGUGAAGCUCCGCUGCAGCAGUAACGGGAAUGUACCAUCCCAAGAGUUUGAAAUUAAGGAUAAGAAUGGUGUGUCUUUAGGUGGCUCUGAAGCGGUGCUGGAAAAGGUUUCCCGACUGGACAGUGGUGUUUACGAAUGCAGCGUGGUGGACAUGAACACUUUUGAGGAAUUGACAACAAACACCGCAAUUUUUGUCAACUAUCUGGACGAGGCUGUCAUUGAACCCAAAGACACUGUUUUGGUGGAGCAGAGAAAGGAGCUUAAGGCCACCUGCAAUGCUUUAUCGUCUCUCCACACCAAGACAACGUGGCUCAAGAAUGGAAAGGAAGUUUCAAAGGGUCACUAUUUAAGCCUGAAGAACAUAACCUAUGACGAUGCAGGACUCUACGUUUGUAUAGUGACAGUUCCUGAGAUUGAGGAAAUGCAAACCAACGCUUCACUACAAGUACACGUUCAGGGGCCACCAGAAAUUACAGAAAAUAAAUUAAUUGAGAAAGAGACUGCUGAGAAGGAGGUUGAACUGAGCUGCCACGUCAAAGGCUACCCCACUCCCAAAAUAACUUGGACGAGCUCUGAUGGAAAGGUCAUCGGCUCUGCGUCUCAUAUGACGACCGAGUUGGGCGCUAAGAGCGUAGUCAAAGUCAAAGUCACCUCGAACAUGACCGUUAUCUGCAGCUCUUCAAACAGCUUUGGCACAGACUCAGUGACGUACAGCAUCAAAGCCAAAAUCACUAAACACACCACCACACCAGCAACCACCACUACAACAACCAUUACAUCCGCCUACACAACCCCCAAUGUAUCCACCAAUACAAGCACAACCACCAACACCGCCAUUCCCAAAUCCAAAGUCAAGGCAGAAACAGCCAAACCACCAGAGAAAGUCAAAAAAGGAAGCAACGGUGUCAUCAUUGCAGUGAUCAUUAUCUGUAUCCUGCUUCUGGCCAUCUUGGGCAGCGUGCUUUACUUCCUGUACAAAAAGGGCAAGAUCUGCAAUCGAUCUGGAAAGCAGGACUUCACCAAAGAGAAGUCCGGCAAGGACAGGAUCGUGGUGGAGAUGAAGAGCGACAACACGGAGGAGGCCAUUCUGCUCGGGGUCAAUGGAGAGAAACAGCUACCCGGUGACCAGUGAUGAGUUCCCUGCAUGUUCAGAAGCGAGGCGGCGAGCAGAGACUUCCCGAUAGCUGCUCCUGGUGUUCCUUCUCAGGCUCAGACCCCCCCCCCCCCCUUCCAGAUGCCUUCAAGCUUCCACCAAAGCUCCUUCAUUCAGAGUUACAUCAUGGAGAUAAUCCACUGACGCUAAAACUGCUUAAAGAAAAAGCCUUUUUUUCCAU